GGACCUCUUUGCCCUCCAGAAACCAGGAAGGGAAUUGAGUUGAUCUGCUACUGCUUGGUUAGCGCAUACGGGGCUUUAAGCUGCUGCACAGCAGUGAGAGGGAGAGAGGCAGCUCUGGAGAGGAGGAGAGGAGAGGGCUGAGCUAACCCACAACAAGCAGCACCACGGCCAUCGCAGAUAGGCAGACGGACGGACGGCAGGACGGAUACACGGGUGGGGGCUGUGCUAGGCGGCUCGGCGGCAGGCUGGUGGAAGAUGUCGUCAGGGGCCAGCGGGAGAGGAGGAAGGCGGCUCCGUGGGAUAGCGAGCAGUGGUGGUGGGGGAGGGAGAGGAGGAGCAGGAGACACAGAGGAAGGUCCUGUGGGGAUCCCUUUCCCAGAACACAGUGCAGACAUCCUGGGCGGCCUGAACAAGCAGCGGCUCAGUGGGCUGCUGUGCGACGUGCUCCUGGUUACCCAGGACCGGGAAUUUCCAGCUCAUCGUUCCGUCCUGGCAUCUUGUAGCUCCUACUUCCACAAGCUCUUCACUUCAGGGGCCGUCGCCGACCAGCAGAACAUCUACAGCAUCGACUUUGUGGCGGCGGAGGCUCUGGGAGCUUUGCUGGACUUUGCCUACACGGCGACUUUGACAGUCAGUCAAAACAGUGUGGCUGACAUCCUCGCUGCUGCACACCUCCUGGAGAUCUCACCUGUUCAGGACGUCUGCACUCACCUGCUGGACACCAAAGUGCUCUCCCCGCCGGCGGGCAAUGAGCGAAGAGACGAAAAUGGAGAUGGAGAGGGAAAGGGCAGAGAAGUCGAGGAGCAGGGGAACCGGAUUCGGGCCCGGGAGUACCUGGAGUACUUCCAGAGAGGGGCGCACUGGAGCAGCAGCUGCAGCACGCCGGAGCUCAGGGACCUACCCACACACUUACACUUUAAUCACGGUAACGGCAGUGCCCCCACCAAUGGGGCUCCUGCUGGCCUCAGUGAGUACUACUCCCCACUGGCCCUUGCUUUGUCACAGCCUCACACACAAGAAGCAGAUGAGGACGACGAGGACGAAGAGGAAGAUGAAGACGGAGAGGCAGUGCAGGGCAAUGGAGGACACCUGGGUUCUUCAUACUAUCCUCCUUCUCAGAAUGACCACUUCUACCUCCCCCCUGAGUCACAGCAGGACAUAAAAUUGCUGGAUGGUUGCAGAGAGGACCUGGCGAGUGAGAGGGGGUCAGCCAGUGCUCUCCUACAAAAAAUGAUGGACUCCAUCGAGAGGCAAAAAAAGUCAACAACGGCCGGGGAGGAGCAGGGAGAUGGGGACGAUCCAGAUAUGGAAUUUUACUUGAAUUAUUUUAGCAGCACGCAGCAUGAAGAUGCGUCUUCUGCCUCUGUAACGCAGGGAAUGCCGUCACUAUGGGUAUCACGAGGUAGUACGGGCCAACACAGAGCAGCAGGAGAGAGGGGGGUUGGAGAGAGGGGCAACGGGGCUGCAGGAGGUGGGGGAGAGAGAAAGAUGCGCUCUAAAGCCUUCCAGAAGUGCCCCAUAUGCUCAAAGGUCAUUCAAGGAGCAGGAAAGCUACCCCGCCACAUCAGAACGCACACUGGAGAGAAACCCUAUGAAUGCACCAUCUGCAAAGUGCGCUUUACCAGACAGGACAAGCUCAAGGUUCACAUGCGAAAGCAUACCGGAGAGAAGCCUUACCUGUGUACACAGUGUGGAGCUGCCUUCGCUCACAACUACGACCUGAAGAAUCACAUGCGCGUGCACACCGGCCUGCGCCCCUAUCAGUGCUCUAGCUGCUUUAAGACAUUUGUGCGUUCGGAUCAUCUGCAUCGUCACCUUAAGAAGGAUGGCUGCAACGGCAUCCCCUCCCGCCGUGGCAGGAAGCCUCGGGUGAGAGAGCCGGGACUCCUGGAGGUCCCCCAAAGUCUUCUAAGCCCCAGUUCUGACGCCGGGACUGGGCCUCGCACAGUCAAGGGACGACGGAGUUCUGAAGCAUCCUCCGCAGCAGAGGUGGAGGGUGCUGCUGGAGUGCGUGCACAUAGUCCACAGCUGCAGGUUCUUGCAGGAGAUGCAGGGCCCUGAGACUGCAGGGAGGACAAGGGCAAUGCUGGACGCCAUAGUCACUCUGCAUAGCCUGUGAGACAGGCCAGUGAACAGAGGAGAAAAAAAAUCACGCAAAGGCAAUUUAAAAAUAACACAACUAACUAUUCCUCUUAAAACCAAAUCAGGGUGUCACAGAAAUCUAAUCUUUAUAUUUCUUUCUCCUUUUACUUAGGAAACUGAGUAGACUUGCAAGCACUUCACUUGGUAUAUUUGUGAAAGAGCAAAGAACGCUUCAAAUCAUCCACCCAUGGCGCCCACUUUCUGGGCCAUUCCUUUCUUUGUGAUAUUAGAUGUUUUUUUUACAUUGGCAUAUGUACUUGGGCAAAUGUAUGGUAAACGCAACAACUCCAAGCAACUAUGCAGUUGGUUUAGGUUUUUACUGGUUUUUGUCCUCACAGCCUUCAAGCUCUAAGAAAGGUGAACGUCAUGCACCUUCUGGUUGCUGUACGAGUGAAGCGAGGACAAAUCUUUCCAGUGAAAAUCCCUUUUUUUUCUAUUCUUUUGCAGUUCUGAGAUGUACAGUUACCAUAGAAACAACAUUUCCACUAUAUGGUAUAUGCAAGAAAAACUCACCAAUGUUUUGAUGCAACAGUUUCUCUCUCUCUCUCUCGCUCUCUCUCUCUCUCUUUCGCUCUUUCUAAAUGUUCCAGAAAGAAUCAGGCAAGGGUUUGAUUGAAGUGUUACUUACUCUUAAAAAAAGAAGAAAAAAAGUCAUAAUCUAUAGUUUGUAUUUUUAAAAACAAAUUCCCUUUGAGUCGAAUCCACUUUAAUGGGGGCUCGCCAUUUGCAGAACUUGGGUAAUAUGAGGAGUGAAGGGGUUGUGUUUUUGAAGCACUACUGUUCUCAAUGCAUCUUUGGGCUUUACUAUGUUGCCUCUUAUCCCUCACAACCCUGCAAGGUCGGCGAUUUCUUUGCCCUUUUGAUUUGUCUUAAUUUUUUUGUUCCUUGGGUACGCGACACUUUAUAAUUGUACACGUGUGUGCAUAUGGUGACAUGACAUUGGCAUCUUCUUGCUGAGGUGUGCUUGCUGAUCACCUCUUUCCUCUUAGGGUUGUCACGUUUGUGACGCAGUUAGACUCGCGGGUGGACGAAAAUAAACUGUGUGAAUGUUCCGUUGGUAAAGUGAGAGAAAAAAAAUAACCCAUUCAUCAUAACAUUUAACACUUGACAUGUACAGUUCCUGCCCAAAGGAUUAGAAUGCUGAAUGAAUGAAUGAAUGAAUGAAUGAACGAAUGAAUGAAUGUGCUUAACUUUGCGCAGUUUUUUCGGAAUCUGCCCUUGUGUGACGAGGCGCGGGUAGCACUUAACCAACCGCAGGUUAAAGGAAUGGCAGGGAGUGAGAGUGACAAAUAGUACGAAGAAGAGAUUUGUGAGCACCUUUUUAUGUUUGCACAGCUUUACUAAAGAUAUCCAAAAGAGCAGGAGAAGGGUAUAUUUAAAGGAAGUGGGUUGGUGAUGGGGAGGGAGUGAGAGCAAGGUGUAUGUAUCAUGCUUAUUCCAAUCUUUCCUGGCCCUAGGGACCACACAACCGUAAGACAACCUGUGUGAUGGAGAGAGCAAUAAAUACCUGUCCAAGUUGGGAGGCCAAAUAUGAGCGCAGCUGCAGCUGGUUGAUGGGGGAGGUGAGCCAGGGAAGGGGAGGGGGAUCUCACAAUGUCUGUUGCAUUCCAAAAAAAUAAUCUCCCCCAGCUCAGCCACGUUUCCAGGCAGGAGGGGAUCAAAUCAAGCCUUUUCUCUCCCUCUCCCUGCCUCUGUAGUCCUCUAAUGCCCCUGAACCAGCCUGGAGGGGAUAUUAUUAUGUUAGAGCCUGGUGUUACUGUGGGGAGGACGCCUGGUGCUAGCAGUUUACUGUGAGAGCGUGUUUACAUGUACAUGUGUUUUUUGCCUGUGGGCGUGUGUGUGUGUGCGCACGUGUAUGUGUGUGUAUGAGACAGCCAGGGUCCCUCUGGCCACAUCAUCAGUGUGUGAGUCAGCCACAGCCUGUUCAAACAUGCACCCUGAGCUGCCAGCCCCAGCACACUUUCUCUGUUUCUCACACACACUGGGUCCAGGUAGAGAGGAGUAGAACACCAGAGCUCUCUUGUCUCUUUGAAUAUUGUCAGUGACUGCAUGGAUUUGGAUUUGCUAGAAAAAAAAAAGAAAGUUGUUACUCAGAUUCCAGCGUUAACCCUUCAGUCAAGACAACGUCCAUAUGAUAACACCCCUAUUCCUUCCCCAUCCACCUAAUACGACAAUGGUUAAAGUAAGCACACGCUCUUUAAUAUAUAAAGUUUUCUGUAUCAGAAAUUAAGUCUUUUGGUCAUUACCAGGUCUCAAACUAGGAUAGAUGUAACCUCAAAUUUACAUCAACAUAUAUUAUGACUUGUUUUUUAUUUAUUAAUAAAUUUAGCCUAAAAGGCAGACACAUUUGUUUUUCAGCUGUUAGAUUGGCUCAGGAAUGAUUUGAUCCACAGAGUAGUAGAUGGACAAUAUUAGAAGGCGAUGUGUUGAUUAAUUUGUCAAAGCAGAGAAAUCUUGCUACAGGGCACAUUGUAUCCAUUAGAAGUUAACGAUCAAAUGGUCUGCCAAACAAGCCCAAAUGAUCAACCCUCCACCAUCGUGCUUGACUGUUAGCAUGAGGUGUUUGUGUUAAGUCAGGUCCUUUGGCCAGACGCCUCUGCUUUGGUCUCAUCUGACCAAAAGACUUUGUUCCAGAAGUCUUGAGGUUUGUUACAGGGUAACAAAUCUGGACAGUAGUUUGUCUAAUUUUAAGACCCGGUAGGGACCAAAUGAUUUUAAUAGCCUGAUGACACCAAAGCUUUUCGGUUGAAGCGGUUGUGCGCAUAUGUUCUCCCAUAAAUGUAAAUCAUGUGGUGGUGCUGUAGUUCAGCUAUCAGUCCUUUUGCACCUUAUUUGGAAAGAGGCAGGUUAUGUAUGCACUUUGUUAUGAGAGAGGGCACUUUUGUCUACAAAACGGGUACUUUGAAACAAAACAGUUGCAAAUUAGAUCAUUCCUUUUUUCUGUCUGUCUAUAAUUUAUAACCCAAGCCAAUGAGAAAAUAGUUUAGGGCUCCAGGAGAGAAACCCCAAACGUUCACUGAGAUGCAUAUUCAGUUUAUUACAUGCAACUGAAUGCACAUGAAAGUAGCUGUUAGUGAUUGUCUUUAAGUCUUAUUUAGAGGAUGGAAACAGGAGGGAGUCUAAAGAGAAAGGGCACAAUGUGUCUAUAUGUAUACAUAUUGUUUCUGCAGUAUGCACAAGCAUGCACUGCUGGCUGACAGGCUAGAGGGUCUCAGGACAACCAUGAGAGAUGCAUGUUUGUGUCUACCCCCAUCUGUUCACUAGUUAUUCUCAUAACUACACAAGUUCUCACAGGAACCACAAUGAUAAUGGGUCCACGUUACCACGGAAGCAAAAAUACCACACUGAAA